AAACACUCGCGUAGUCUCCGGCGCAGAGGGAGGAGCGCAUCAAACUGUCAGAGGACAAGCGAGGAGGGAGAAAGGGAAAGAAGUGUGGAAUUUCUCAUCAAAUGCGCAUAAAUUAAUAUCAUUUAGGCACGAUUACAUGGAUUUAUGGUUUAAAUCAGGUGGAGCAUGUUAGUGGAUGAAAUAUGAGGACCAAGGAAAAGUGAGAAGCAAAGACAGACAGCGGCUGACGGGACAAGCUGGAAGUUUACAAAGCGAGAAUCAUCCCGAGGUCUCCAUGACUGAGUAAAGGUAUCUGCACACGAUGUGCUUCCAUGUGGGAUUUACGUGAUCGGGACCUUGAGUCAGUGCAUACGGGACGCAAGGCUUUUCCUCUGUGCGGUUAUUAUGACUACAAACCUGUUUUAAAGCAUUUUAAUCAAAAUAAUAAGAAUUAUGACUUUAUGAAAGGAAUGAACAUUUGUUGUUUUUUUAGUGUUUUUAUUUUUUUCUUGCAAAAUAUGGAUUUCUAUUUUAAAAGUACUUGCUCUCUCUAACAUUUAAUGGAUCUUUAAUUACCAAGUUCUCGUCGUAUGAAUCUAAAAUACCAAUAAUAGUUUUCCAGGGUGAAUAAUUCAUGAAACUGAGCGCUACAUCGAGGGCUGGAAAAAGUUACGGAAAUACAGGGAGGAGGAAUAAUAAGUAGACUUGUUCGAAGUGGGAAGUGGGGAUGGCCACAGCGGCUUCCAAUCCCUACCUGGCCAGCAACAGCAUUCUCUCCACAUCAGGCUCGGUCGUGCACUCAGAUUCCGGAGGUGGCAUGCAGCCUGGGAGCGCUGCCGUUACUUCAGUAUCAGCCGGAUACAGAGGAGAUCCCGCGGGCAAAAUGGUUCAGAGCGAAUUUAUGCAAGGAGCCAUGGCGGCGAGUAAUGGGGGCCACAUGCUAAGCCAUGCUCAUCAGUGGGUCACCUCACUGCCUCAUGCCGCUGCCGCCGCGGCAGCUGCAGCUGCAGCAGCAGCAGCCGAAGCCGGAUCGCCUUGGUCUACUAGUCCCGUGGGAAUGGCGGGCAGCCCGCAGCAGCAGGAUGUCAAGAGUGCUUCAAACCGAGACGAUCUUCACUCCGGUACCUCGCUGCACCACCGGGGUUCUCACGGAGCUCACCAGGCGCACCAAAGCGCAUGGGUUGGCACCACGGCGGCGGCGCACAUCAGCACCAUAACCGCGGGUCAGCAGCAAUCUCAGCAGUCUCUCAUUUACUCUCAACCAGGUGCGUUCACCGUCAACGGGAUGCUGAAUCCCACCAGUAGUUUGGUUCAUCCUGGUCUGAUGCGCGGCGAAUCGCCCGAAAUGGACCACGGCAGCCACCAUCAUCACCACCACCAUCAUCAUCAUCCUCACCAUCACCAACACCAGCAGCAGCAACACGCGCACCAUCCUCACGCACAGCACCACGGCGGCGUGAACAGCCACGACUCGCACUCAGACGAGGAUACACCGACCUCCGACGACCUCGAGCAGUUUGCCAAGCAGUUCAAGCAGCGACGCAUCAAGCUCGGCUUCACGCAAGCCGACGUCGGCUUGGCUCUCGGCACACUCUACGGCAACGUUUUCUCGCAGACCACCAUCUGCAGGUUCGAGGCACUGCAGCUUAGCUUCAAGAACAUGUGCAAGCUCAAGCCAUUGCUGAACAAGUGGCUGGAGGAGGCCGAUUCGAGCACCGGCAGCCCUACAAGCAUCGACAAAAUAGCGGCACAGGGCCGCAAGCGCAAGAAGCGCACCUCCAUCGAGGUGAGCGUUAAGGGGGCCUUGGAGAGCCACUUCCUCAAAUGUCCCAAACCUUCUGCGCAGGAGAUCACCUCACUGGCGGACAGUCUGCAGCUGGAAAAGGAGGUGGUUCGUGUUUGGUUCUGCAACCGGAGGCAGAAGGAGAAGAGGAUGACACCGCCUGGUGUAGGCCAGACGCCGGAGGACGUGUACUCUCAGGUCGUCAACGUGAGUGCAGACACACCGCCCCCGUCCAUGGACUGCAAACGAGAGCUUUGUGGUAGAUUGCUUAAAAGAUGCAAGUUUGAAAGAUGAACCCGACGACCAGGUGGACAUAACUUCGUGCUCCUAUCGCCAGCUCAUUUUGGUGAACUGACAGCACAACCAUAAGCAAAAACCCAACCAGAUGUUUUUGGAUCACACUCGAAAGACUUGAGUGAAAUGACUGACAAACUUAAACAGAACCACCAAAUGAAGUCAAACGAACUGAUGCGUCGUCGCCUUUCCAAACUGAGGAAUUAUAAUAUUCGUUAAAACGAAAUCUAAUUGUUUUAUCUGGCUAAAGUUCUCACCAGAAUCAUCUCUUUUUGAAGACCUGAUGUAUGACAAAACUACAGUUUUUCUAUUUCAUUGAUUUUCUUUUGAGGACCGGACUUCUGUGAAUAGUUUUCACACAGGAAAAGAUUUUUAAAAUGCACUUAAUCGUCCUCUCUGUGGACACUUUUUGGGGGUUUUCGGCUGAUUAAUUGUGUGCUUGAUCCCUUUUCCUUACUGCUAUUUCCAUGCAGUAGUUUUGGCCGAUUUUGAUAAAUCUGUAUACAUUUGACAAUAUGAAUUCUCAGUGGUGAUCAAUUUGCUUUAUAUUUUUUACUGAAAUCACACCUUUGGAGUAUUUCAUGAAGUUCCCGAAAUGUUGCCAGAUGUAAACUUUCUUUUAUAGAAGUAGCAUUUCAUGUACAUCCUUCUCAUCUCCUGCUUUAAUUACGAAAUCUAUACAGUUAGGCUGCCACAGUGGUUAUUAAAAUUGCCUACAAAACAGCACAUUGAUAAAUUUGAUAGGCUGACAACAUUUUUAUUUUUUUUUUCCUGUGAUUGUUAUUUAAGUUCAGUAUUGAUCCAGUCAGAGGUGAUUGAGAACAAUAAAUAUGAUAAAUUUAACACAUCGCUGUGGGUUUUUUUACUUUCAGGACGCAGAAUGCGAUAAAUUUAAUUAAUAUGUUGGUGGAAAUCGGCUUUUUUUUUUUAGACUUUUAUGAGGAACUCGUACAUUUUCUCCAUAUCGACCCUUGGCCUCUAUGAACAUCGCAUGGAUGGUCUGAAUGCAAUUAAAUUGGAGAUAUGAAAUAUGUAAUAAGAAAACUAAAUUCUAAUGUUUGUACGUAGGUUUGAAAUGAUGCAAAUUAUUUACUCAUACUCACAGAUAGGGUGAUAUUCAUUAAAUUGAAAAACAAUCAAUUUUUUGGCUACAUAAUAUAUUUUGGCUGUUUUUUGUCUAUAUUUAAUUUGUCUUCAGUGUAACAAGCUUUCAGAAAUUUUUCAUGCAAAUUAUUUACAAUGCUUAAUUAUUUACAAUGUCAAAUUUAUUAUUUGGACAAAUGUAUUAAAUACGCAGCAUUUAGCAUUAUUUUUUAUUUCUAAGCCUUAUACAGUUUGGGAGCUUUAUCAUCAGUGCCUGGGACGCGCGAGACAAAGUGGACCAUUUUAAAGCGCUGGAAAUCUAAUGAUUUAAUUGAAAUCCCUGCUUAUUUUUGAAUCAUUCAUAUUUCGAAAUAUAUUCGAUGAUCACUGGUUACAAUACACACCGAAUUCUUUCGAGUUACAACAGUCUUACAGUAGGUUCCAUGCAAGUAGCUUUUAUUACUAUCUUUAAGUUUAAUUGAUCACUAUAUAGUUUAUUUUUUCUAUCCACAUAUCACAUGCACAGCAUUUAUUAUUGCGCCCGAUUUAAUAGCUGACUGAUAUUUGCUCACUAUUUAGCGAUCAUGCAGACUGAUUAGAAUGAGACUUGUUUAUUUGACAGUAAUUACGCAUGAAAUAUUUUUGUCAGCAUUACAACAUGAAAUACGCUAAAGGUGGCGGAAUAAUGACAGUUUUUUCCAGUCAUUAUUUUUGAGUCUUCAUUGGCCAUCUGAGAAUAUAAAGGCCAGUUUACUGCGCUUAAAGAAUAAAAGCGAGGUGACGUAACUUCAACGCUGUUCUGCUGCAGGAGUGAAGG